AUGAUGAAUAUGUUUUUAAAAAGAUGCUUGUUUUUGAGCAUUAUUGGUGCAGUAGGAUUCUAUGAAAAUAUUGGAGUAUACGCAGUUCCAGAAAAUAAAGCUAAAGAAUCACUGAAAUUGCCUGAUUUUAAGUCAACGGAUGUACGUAAUGCGAAAUUUGUUGAACAGUUUACAUCAGACUGGCAAACUCGGUGGACAGUAUCGUCAGCAUUGAGAUUAACUGAUGGGAAUAAUACAGUGUUUUAUGAUGGAGAAUGGAAGGUUGAGGAGCCGACAGUAUAUAAGGGAAUUAACGGGGAUAUGGGACUUGUACUUAAGAAACAGGCUGCGCAUCAUGCUAUUUCGGCAAAAUUUUCAGAGCCUCUGAACAAUAAGGGAAAAGUGUUAGUAGUUCAGUAUGAGGUUAAGCUUCAGAAUGAUUUAGAAUGUGGUGGAGCAUAUCUAAAAUUGAUUACGGAGUCUCAGGAAGAUAUUCGCUUUAAAGACUUUAGUAAUCAGACACCAUAUACAAUUAUGUUUGGUCCGGAUAAGUGUGGAGCGACAAACAAGGUGCAUUUUAUUUUUCGGCAUAAGAACCCGAAAACGGGUAAAUAUGAAGAGAAACAUCUUAAAUCGCCGCCUACGAUUGAAGAGACUAAGUUUACAACACUUUAUACAUUGAUAGUUAGGCCGGAUCAGAGUUUUGAAAUCCGUAUCAAUAACAAACCACUUAAAAUGGGAAGUUUAUUGAACGAUUUUGAACCACCUGUGAAUCCAGAUAUGUUUAUUUCUGAUCCGACUGAUAAAAAACCGGUUGGUUGGGUUGAUGAUGCUAAGAUUGUUGAUAAGAAUGCAAAAAAGCCUGAUGAUUGGGAUGAAAGCGAGCCUCCUCAGAUUUUGGAUGUAAAUGCUAUAAAACCAACAAAUUGGCUUGAAAACGAACCUUUAAUGAUUCCUGAUCCAAAUGUUUCUAAACCCGACGAAUGGAAUGAUGAUGAAGACGGUGAUUUUAUGGCUCCAAUGAUACCUAAUCCUGCAUGUGAAAAGGCAGCUGGAUGUGGGCCUUUUGAACCAAUGAUACAGAAUCCUAAAUAUAAAGGGGUAUGGACUCCGCCUCUUAUUGACAAUCCAAAUUAUAUUGGAGAAUGGAAACCACGUAAAAUUCCUAAUCCAGAUUAUUUUGAAGACAAGUCACCAUCUGAUUUUGAAUCAUUUAUUGGGAUUGGCUUUGAAUUAUGGACAAUGCAGAGCGAUAUUUUGUUUGACAAUAUAUAUAUUGGGCAUUCAGUAGCAGAAGCGGAGAAGUUCGCUAAAGCUACUUUUGAACUAAAAUAUAAAAGUGAGACAUUCCAAGAAAAAAAAGAUACCGCCGAGACACAAUCACCAACACUUACUCCGGAUGUUUCAUACUUCGAUAUUCUGGCAAAGAAAUUUUUUAUAUUUGUUGAUUUACUAGUAAAAGAUCCUAUUUCUGCUUUUAAGACAAUGCCCGGGACUGCGUCCACUGUAGCAACUAUAUUUCUUACUCUUAUAGCUAUUCUUUACGGAGUUGUCAGCUUGGUUUUUACUUAUUCAAAACUUGAUUCAUCUGCUGAAUCUAAGGCUCUUGAAUUGGAGACGGAAAACGAUGAUUCAAAAACUACCAAUGACUUGAAAGCUAGUGACUUAUCCAAUAACCAUGAUUCUUCAGAGCCAGAAACAUCUAAAAGACGAACUAAGCAUACAGAAUAA